CGGGCCGCGGAUACGGCGGCCAUGAGGCGAGCGCAGCGUUCUCGCCAGGAGACGCUGUCCUUACGGCGGCGGAUCAUCGGCUCUUCUUGCAGACUGUUUUAUCCUAAUGAUCCGCUGAAGAUUGUAAAGGCAAGAGGCCAGUACAUGUAUGAUGAGAACGGAAGACAAUACCUUGACUGCAUAAACAACGUUGCUCAUGUUGGACAUUGUCACCCCGAUGUAGUAAAAGCAGCCCACGAGCAAAACCAAUUGCUAAAUACAAAUUCUCGUUAUCUUCAUGACAACUUGACUGAUUAUGCAGAGAGACUUUCAGAAAAGCUGCCUGAGAAGUUGUGCACCUUUUAUUUCUUGAAUUCUGGAUCUGAGGCUAAUGAUCUUGCCCUAAGACUGGCACGACAGUUUACAAAGCAUGAGGACGUUAUAGUUCUAGACCAUGCUUACCAUGGACAUCUGACAUCCCUGAUUGACAUAAGCCCAUAUAAAUUCAGAAAUCUAGAAGGACAGAAGGAAUGGGUCCACGUGGCUCCUGUUCCAGACACAUACAGGGGACUAUACAGAGAGGACCAUGAAGAUCCAGCAACAGCCUAUGCUAAUGAAGUAGAAAAUAUUAUUAAGCAAGCACAUAAGAAAGACAGAAAGAUUGCUGCGUUUUUUGCUGAAUCUCUGCCAAGCGUCGGUGGUCAAAUCAUCCCACCAGAAGGCUACUUCCAGAAGGUUGCAGAGCACGUGCACAAGGCAGGAGGUGUAUUUGUUGCUGACGAAAUUCAGGUCGGCUUUGGCAGGGUUGGCAAGCACUUUUGGGCAUUCCAACUUCAGGGAGAAGAGUUUGUACCUGACAUAGUCACUAUGGGGAAACCCAUAGGUAAUGGGCACCCUAUUGCCUGCGUAGCAACAACAAAAGAAAUCGCAGAAGCAUUUGCAGCCACAGGAGUCGAGUAUUUCAACACAUUUGGAGGAAACCCUGUUUCAUGUGCCAUUGGAUUAGCUGUUCUGGAUGUGAUAGAGAAGGAACAGCUUCAGGUUCAUGCCACAGAAGUUGGCAACUUCUUGAUGAAGCUACUCGUGGAGCAAAAAAUCAAGCACCCCAUCAUUGGUGAUGUCAGAGGUUCUGGCCUAUUCAUUGGAGUGGACUUAAUUAAAGACCAAGCAAAAAGGACCCCAGCCACAGAAGAAGCAGAGUAUUUAAUAACAAGGCUUAAAGAAGAAUAUAUUCUACUGAGUACAGAUGGGCCAGGAAGAAAUGUACUUAAAUUCAAGCCCCCAAUGUGUUUCGCUAUGGAGGAUGCAAAAUUUGUAGUGGACACCAUUGACAAGCUUUUAACAGAUAUGGAAAAAGAACAUCUGAACCAGGAGAAAACAUCCAUUGGCUCAACCUAAGCAGGUUUCAAACAUGUUUCAAGACCAACUAAGAAAAAUUACUCUACUGUGAUAAUGUACAUUUAAUCCUCAUGUUAGUAUGUCUUAGACCAGAUAAGACCUUUGAUUUUGUUAUUUUCAGUUAUCUUAUUAUUAAGUGAAAGCUUUAGGAGAAAUAAAUAUUCAACUGUGGCAGAUGUGGGAUUGGCUUUUAUUUAACAGAGUAUCUAAAACUGGUUUUAAAGCAACAUCUUUCUAGUAG